GCUUCUUCUCUCUUCUGCCUUCUACCCGGCAAACAGCUUCCCUACCAUCCUCCAUGGCCUCCCUUAGAGCCACCACUCUCUCCCUCAACCCCCCAAGAUCUGGCAAAACCCUCUCUCCUCUCCCACAAACCCGAUCUCUAACGUCUUUCAAAUUCCCUAUUCCAAGCCCUACAAAAUCCCCAAAAUUAGCCGCUUCUCCCAACCGGCAUACCAUCACCGCCUCCCUCUUCUCCAACAACAAGCAGACAUCCUCCGAUUCCCGAUCAUCUAAGGUGCAGGAGAUGUACGUGUACGAAAUCAACGAGAGGGACCGCGGCAGCCCAGUCUACCUCCGCCUGAGCCAGAAGGAAGUCAAUUCGCUCGGCGAUCUGGUACCUUUGACCAACAAGGUCUAUCACGGUAAUUUGGAGAAGAGGCUGGGGAUAACGGCGGGCAUCUGCGUCCUGGUCCAGCACGUCCCGGAACGUGGCGGAGACCGAUACGAGGCGAUAUAUAGCUUCUAUUUCGGGGAUUAUGGGCACAUAUCGGUCCAGGGGCCGUACCUGACCUAUGAGGACACGUACCUGGCCGUCACAGGCGGGUCGGGGGUAUUCGCCGGGGUUUACGGCACGGUUAAGCUGCAGCAGAUCGUAUACCCGUUUAAGAUAUUCUAUACCUUUUAUCUCCAGGGGAUACCGGAUCUCCCCAGAGAGCUUUUGGGGAAGCCGGUUCCGCCGUCGCCGACCGUCGAGCCCACCCCCGCCGCCAAGGCAGCCGAGCCCCACGCCGCCGUAAAGAAUUUUACCAACUAGUUCGGUGGUCGAUCAGUGCGCAAAUAACACGUCUCUAGUCUUGUCAAAGUAUUGGUUGUGUGGUCUUUAUCUGAUGUAAUUGUUGUCUAUCCGGCUGUUGAAUUAGUGCAACUUGGAUUAGAGCCUUUCUAAGCGUGAUUCCCUUUUUUUUUUAUUUUCCUUUUGACAAGGAUGCUUGUUUCGUUCCAACUUUCUGUGUGAGACUCUUCUACUGGUUCGGUGGUCCUGGGCUGUUAUGUUUCGUGAUUACUGCUAUGGAUAAUCAGUUUUGACCACCCUUCACCAGGACGAGUCCUAUCUGGUAGUAGGUAAUUACUGAUUAAUGCGGUAAACGGGAGAUAGAUGGUUUCUAUUAGAGUUCUGGAUACCAUUCAAAUUAAUCAUUAUCCAUGUUGGGACCAACAUGGGUAGUCUGUAGGCUGUAGCAUUGUUCUUUUGGUUUUAUUUUUAAGGUUCGCUGUCAAGUGCGUACAGCUUUGCUAGUGCAUUAAAAA